GUCACCUGCUCGGGGUGGCAUAUAUGCAUCCGAUCCGUUUCGAACUCCGAACCCGCAAAUAGGUUCUUAAUUGCGAAGGGUUUUCGUCAGUACGCGCUCGAUUUCUUAGGGCUUCGGCAGGCCGGCGACGGGGAGUGGAUACACGUGGCUUCCAUCCGUUGCCAGCUCGGCCACUCGCAGCCGUUCAUCGCCUCAUCCCUGCUAUAUAGUUCCCCCGUCGCCAGUCUGCCAUGAUGGAAAGAAUCGCCGAUCUCAGCGUCAUUUGAUUUGGUUUCUUGACGACCACGUAUGCUAUAGCGAUGGCGAAAAAGAAAAAGAAGUCGAAGAAUGGAGAAGCGGCGGCAUCAUCCGCUCCUCCACCUCCUUUAAAGAAGAUAAAGAAAAAUGAUAAGAAGAAGAAGAAGAACAAAGGUGCAGUUGCAGCACCUGCCUCGGCGUCUACGGCUUCACCCGCUGCUAAUAAUAGCGCGCCUGAGGGUAAGAAACAGCAGGUGCCCGUAGAGAAGAGCUCGGGGUUCAUCUUUAUGUGCAGCGGCGGGACGAAGCCCGAGUGUUACCGGUACCAGGUCUUUGGACUGCCCAAAGGAAAGAAAGAGUUAGUCGAGAAGAUCAAGCGUGGCACCAAGCUUUUCCUCUAUGAUUACGACCUGAAGCUUCUUUACGGGGUCUACAGAGCGGCCUGUCAGGGAGGGAUGGACUUGGAACCGGACGCAUUUAGAGGGGGUUUCCCAGCUCAGGUGAAAUUCAAGAUUGAUAAGGAUUGCCUUCCUCUUCCUGAAGCUACAUUUAAACUUGCUAUUAGAGAUAAUUAUAACUUUAAGGGCAAGUUUACCCCACAACUGAAUUCAAAACAGGUCCAUAAAUUGUUGUCGUUGUUCCGUCCUGUUACUCUGCCACCUGAGCCUGCACCUGCCAUUCAUUAUGUUGAGAAUCACCGAUCCCCGGCUCAUUAUUUACCUCCUGCGGAUCCAAAUGGGUCACAAUAUUUGGCACGUACUCCAACUCCUGAGCGGCGCUACAUCUCUCAAGUUCCUCUUUCUGCCAGCGGUCCCUAUGCACGUCUCCGAGUAGUUCCUGCAGUUGAACCUGGACGUGUGCUUUCAUCUUUUGAGCCCGCUGCUGAUCCAUAUUACCCGGUGCCUCCAGUCGCGUCAUAUUUUCCGGCACCUCCAGCCAAGUCGUAUUAUCUGGCACCACCAGCUGAUUCAUAUCACCGGGCACCUCCAGCUGAUCCAUAUUCUCGGGCACCUCCAGCCGAACCAUCUUAUCGGGCACCUCCACCCGAUCCAUCUUAUCGGGCACCACCAGCCAAUCCAUCAUAUCGAGCACCCCCAGUCGCACCUCCAGCUGAUCCUUCUUAUCAGGCACCUCUAGCUGAUCCAUCUUAUCAGGCACCUCCAGCUGAUCCGUCUUAUCGGGCACCUCCAGCUGAUUCUUAUUAUCGGGCCCCUCCAGCUGAUCCGUCUUAUCGGGCACCUCCAGCUGAUUCUUAUUAUCGGGCCCCUCCAGCUGAACCGUAUUAUCGGGCACCUCCAGCUGAUUCUUAUUAUCGGGCCCCUCCAGCUGAUUCUUAUCAUCGGGCCCCUCCAGUUGAUCCGUGUUAUGGGGCACCUCCAGCUGAUUCUUAUUAUCGGGCCCCUCCAGCUGAUCCGUAUUAUCGGGCACCUCCAGCUGAUCCAUAUUGUCCAGCACCUCUAGCCGAUCCAUAUUAUCAAGCAUCAUCAACUGAUCAAUAUCAAGUGGAGUCUGUGCGAGCUUAUUAUCCAGAAAAUCCUGUUCCAUCUGCAAGGAUUCGUUAUAGGAUGGUGCCUGAGAUAAUUCCAAGUGAUCCCCUCCUUGCAAGGGACUAUGACACUGUAACAUCGAGGGAGGGAGGACUGGCUCCACAGACAGAUCGUGCUGCUGACGAUGAGCUCUACAACCCUGACCAUGCAACCUCAAGCAGGGUGGCUGCGUCAUCCAUGCCUGUUUCUUCACUCUACCCAUUUGUUGGUGCAAUGCCAUAUCGCUAAUUGUUUGACCGGUGAAUGUUUUGAUGCCGUCCCUUAUCUGUCUGUUGCUUUCAUAUGUUGGACUCGGCAAGUGUUAUGUUUUGUAAGAAGGCAGCUAGCUACUCUGGAUGUUGUGAUUAAAGGCUUCGUGUGAACCAUUGUUGCAAAUUAAUGAAACAACUAAUGUUAGGACAA